AUGAAGCGACGGGUGGUUUUCAGCGAGUCAGACUCAGAUGAUGAGAAGCGACCAAAAGAAAAAGUGCCGGCGAAACGGCGCUCCAGGUCUCCGGUUAGUCAUUCAGCUAAGAAAAGAAAGCAUGCUGAAGCCAGAGAUGAAGAUAUAUCCUGUCGUCAUAGCGCUCAACAAUCGAUAAUUGAAUCUCUGAGACGACAACAAGAGAUGUGCAAGGGCCCUGGCUACAAAAAGAAGGCCAAUACCAUUGAGGCGUAUUUCUCCCAACCCGUGAAGGCAAAGAAAAAUGAAGUCUCAGUGGAUGCUUUUUUCUCAUCGUCCUUAGAAAAGCCAGCUAACAUGCCCUCAGCUGAUUUUAACACACCACCUCACUCGCCAAUAGAGAUAAUCCCUGAUACACCAUUACUAUCUCCAAAGGAACCAAUGCGUAUCGAAGAAAAAGUGAGCAGCUCGCCCAAAGUGGUUGUAAAUGCUUCUAAAAACCUGAAGAAGGUUACUAACAAUCAAACUACACCAAAGGCUAGUGAAUCUCUCAAUGAUAGUACUGACCAUGCGACAAAAGAUCGCAAGGCGUUCUGGGCAUACAAAGCUCGUGACGGUCCUCGAUGUCUCGGAUCAAGAGAAAUCCCCACGGGUACGCCAGAUUGUUUAAAAGGAUUAAACUUUCUUAUUACUGGUGUGCUAGAAUGUAUUGAACGAGAUGAUGCUGCUAAUCUUAUUCAGAAUUGUGGCGGGAAAGUAUUAAAGACUUUGGGUAAAAAGACUGAUUAUCUUGUGGUUGGACGUGAUCCUGGUGCAACUAAAAUUGAGAAGGCCAACAGUCUAAGUAUUAAGCGGCUUACUGAAGACGAACUUUUUGAAAUGAUUGAGAAAUCGAAUGGUAAUACUAGUAGACACCACCAGUCAGAUGAAAACAGUUCUAUUGUUUCAAAAUCUUCAAAGACAAUGAAGUCACCAAGUAAAAAGAAGGCAGAAAAGACAUUGGAAAGUCCUAAAAAAUCUCCUGGGAAAAGUGUAUCCGCUAAGUCGAUAGACAAUACUUCAAAACCUCUUAAGCAAGAAAGCCAUAAUAAAAGUUCUAAAGAGUCGGAUGUCUCCCCUCGUAAAGAACCCCUUCUAACUGCACGUCCUGUGUUAAUUAAUAACUCAUUGUUAAAAAAAACUGAUAAAAGUCAUAAUCUCGUGCAGUCUCAGACUCCUACUGGUGUAACUGGUGAUAACGACAAUCUUUCAACCAGCAGAACUAUAUCAACUGAAUUAUGGGUUGAUAAAUACAAACCAACUUCAAUUCGCUCGCUUAUUGGUCAGAAUGGUGCAAGUAGUCCUGCCAAUCGACUUUUAGCUUGGCUUUCAUCUUGGCAUUCAAAUUUUUCUGCAGGUUUGAAAGCAAAAGCCUAUUCAAGCGCCCCUCCAUGGGGUCCAUCAUCAAGUGAUGAUGGUAAAUGGGCGCGUGCAGCUCUUCUCUCUGGACCUCCAGGUAUUGGGAAAACCUCGACUGCCAUUCUAGCAUGUAAAGAACUUGGCUUCACGUACUGUGAGUUUAAUGCAUCCGAUUGUCGAUCAAAGCGGUGCUUAAGCGAAGAAAUCGGACAGUCUUUGGGUUUGCGAAAUUUGUCUCAUAUGGCGUUUGGACAAGCAUCACAGUUGAAUGUAGGUCGCCAUGUUUUGAUCAUGGAUGAAGUGGAUGGCAUGGCUGGUAAUGAAGAUCGUGGGGGAAUGCAGGAGCUUAUCAAUAUGAUAAAAGCAACCCAUUUACCUAUUAUUUGUAUGUGUAACGAUCGUCAAGCGAUAAAAAUACGCUCCCUAUCGAACUAUUGUUUAGACUUAAGAUUUCAUCGUCCACGAGUUGAACAGAUAAAAUCAGCGGUUCUUUCGAUUGCAUUUAAAGAAAAUGUAAAUUUACCUGCAGAUGUACUGACAAAUAUUAUUGAUUCAAGUAAUCAUGAUAUCAGACAGGUGAUUAAUAAUGUUCAAAUGUGGUGCAGUUGUGGUAUAGUAGAUUCUGAUGGAUUGAAAGCUGAUGCAUUGGGUGCACGUAAAGAUCUACACUUGAAUGCAUUUGAUAUUAUUCGUAAAGUGUUUGCCCCAGAUAUCUCUGGUGUUCAAAGGAGUGUUGCCACCUUCAAUGAAAGUUUAGAUCUAUUUUUUCAAGAUUACAGUUUAAUUCCAUUAUUUGUUGAAGAAAAUUAUUUAAAUGUUAGAGUUCAUAAUACUCCAGAUGAUAAAAAGGUACUUGAAUUGAUGUCUAAAGCUGCAUCUGAUAUUGCUACGGGAGAUAUUAUCUCAUCUACCAUCAGAUCUGCACGUACAGGAUCAUGGUCUUUACUGCCUAUUCAGGGUGUAUUUUCUGUACUGUCACCUGGUCGUACUCUUCGUGGUUCUCUUCCUGGUGGUCCUGGUGGUGUUUCAUUUCCAUCCUGGUUUGGUAAGAAUAGUACACAGAGUCGCAUUAGUCGUACUACUUCUGAAUUAGCUUCACAUUUACGGCUAGCGACUCACUGUGGUUCAUCUAAUCCACUUACUUUACUGUUGGAUUAUUCCACAGCCAUUUCAGAAUUCAUAACUCGCCCACUCAAGGAAGGUGACAUCGAUAGUGCUGUUGAAUUUUUGGUUAAAUAUCAAAUGACUAGAGAGGAUGUUGAUGCAAUAAUGGAAUUAACUACGUGGUCAAACCGAGCGAAUCGGAUGCAAAGUAUUGAUUCCAAAGUCAAAGCUGCGUUGACACGUUCAUACAAUAAAUCAUCUCAUCUACUGCCGUACGUCAUCUCUUCUGCUGGUUCUUUUAAACGUAAGCGUGGUAGUGCUCCUGUUUCACUGGACUUAGAAAAUGAGGAUGAUUCUGGCCUAUUUGAUGAAGGGGAAGAGGAAGAAGAUGAUGCUGUUGACUUCAAAAAUGACGCCAUGAUAUCGGUUAAAAAAGAAGACACAAAAAAGCGUUCAAACACAGAAAAAUCCAAACCACCGGCAAAUCGUGGUUCAUCUUCCGACGUACAGUGUAUCUGUUACACUGCUAUAAAAGUUAUUCGUUUUGCUCUACAAAUAAGCAAGCUACAAAAGUUACCUAUACGUUUAUAUUCUUUACGUUCGUGGCCAAUUAAAAGUAGUAAUAUUUGUUUGAUAUCAAUGGUAACUAAUUCAAGAGUUUUGAUUGGUACGCAUGACGGACGUUUUCAUGUUGAUGAGGUGUUAGCCUGUGCAAUGCUUAAACACCUUCCAGAAUAUUCUAAUGCUGAAAUUAUACGCACACGAGACUCAAGUAUCUUAUCAACCUGUGAUAUAGUUGUCGAUUGUGGCGGUGUAUUCAAUGCUGAGAAUAAUCUGUAUGACCAUCAUCAAAGAGAAUUCAAUCUUACCUAUAAAGAUUUCUUCCCUGAAUCUGAUUGGGACAUUAAACUCAGUAGUGCUGGUUUGAUAUACGUUCAUUUCGGUAGAAAAAUACUCAGUCAUAUACUUGGUAAAGAGGAUGAAGUGGAUCCAUUGGUGACUGCACUUUUUGAUAAGUUAUACAAUUCAUUCAUUGUUGAAAUCGAUGCAAUUGACAAUGGUGUCCAAAUGUCUGAAUCACCCUUAAGAUAUUCUAUCAACACUUCCUUAAGCAGUCGUGUUAAUCGUCUAAAUCCCGCAUGGAAUCAAUCAGAUGUUGAUGAGAAGAUUGGUUUUCAAAACGCUCUACAAUUAGUGGAUAAUGAAUUUGUUACUUUAGUUCACUUUUAUGCUGAUACCUGGUACCCUGCUCGUGAAAUUGUUUUGAAUGCUGUGAAAUCUAGACAUAUGGUAGAUUCAUCUGGAGCAAUCGUUUACAUCGAGGGUACAGGAUGUCCAUGGAUUGCACACUUGUUUGAUAUUGAAAAAUCUAUGAUAUUAAAAAGUGGUCGACAGCAGGAUAGUAAUCAUGAUAGUACAAUGUUGUAUGUUAUAUAUGAACGUAAAGAUAGUACAUGGGGUAUACAAGCUAUACCGUUGAAUGAAAGUAACACGUUUUCUCAAAGGCUUCCUUUACCAGAGAGAUGGAGAGGUUUACGAGAUGAAGAAUUGAGCGCAGUUGUUGGUAUUCCAGAUUGUGUAUUUGUACAUGCCACUGGAUUCCUAGGGAUUCAUAAAACUCGUGAUGGUGUCAUUCAUAUGGCUAAAUUGGCUAUGAAAUUGAAAGAAAACCAGUGA